UCAGUCACUUGAAAAAGCCCUUGACCAAAUUGGAACUUUGUUUUCAAGACGUUGGAAGCGACCAUUAUAAAGAAAACAUUCUGGUGUCACUUAUUUGAAGAAAGCUACGAACAACAUUAAUAGCUUUAUUUUAUUUAUUUAUUUAUUUUUUUAGAGCCUUUUAGUAUUAAUAUUAAUAAAAGUGGACACCUACUAAAGAGCCUUUCAGUGGUCAUUUAUAUUGAUUAUGUUCAUUCUGCAUGCAUAUGUUUUUCGUUUUGCAAUAACUCAAUAUCGUGCAAAUUGUGCAAUACCCAUAAUUCACGUGAUUUAAUAAAACCGACCAUUUAGGAGUAGUGUCUGCAUAAGAUCCAACGGUCAGAAACUCCCCAUCCAUAAAGGUAGGUGAGAUGGCCCAUAUGCAGCCGUACCUGAUUAUUUUCCCCCAAAAGGUCGCUUUCUAAAUUAUAAAUUUUCACUCACGCAACACAAGCCGGUCAAAGACUCAAACCUCACCAUUUCAAACAUUUCUGCUCUCUCUCUCUCUCUAUACAUUUUUUUUUUUCUUCAGUUUUUUCUUCUCUUACUCUUCUCUCCAUUUCUUCAGCUUUUGUUUUUCUGUCCCUUUCAUGGAGAGACCAGAGUCAGAGGGCUUCGGAGGAAGAAGACGGAGACCGGUGAAGAACGAAGUCCCUGUCAGGGCGCAGCGCCCUCUCCGGCGCACGUUAUCCCUGCCUCCAGCGGCGAAGCCUCCUCCUCCAGAGGUGAAGCUCGAGGCUGUGGCCGUUGAUUUGAACGUGCGGUUGAGAUCCGCCGACAUGUCCGCUGCAAUGCAAGAGCGUGCGUUCCGAUACGCUAGAUCCCUCCUCGAUGCCCACUCCGAUAACGUGCCUACUCCCACGCACCUAGCUAUGCGUCUCAAGAAGGAAUUUGAUGCAUUGUAUGGCCCAGCAUGGCAUUGCAUAGUUGGGAAGAGUUUUGGGUCAUUUGUGACUCACUCAUCCGGUGGAUUUGUGUAUUUCUCCAUUGACAAACUCUCUUUCCUCCUCUUCAAGACCGAGGUUCGACCCAUCAUCAAGUCUCCUCCAUAGCUGAAAUUCAAUAAUACUGCAUACCAUAUCUUGUAAACUGCCCUUUUUCAUUGUUGAAUUUUGCGUGGAGAAUGGAAUCUUUUGUUAUAUAUGGUUAA